AGAUGAUAGAUUAAUAUGUCGUUGUGCAUUACGCAUGAUUGCCUUGUAACUGUCAAAUAAAAAACACUUGUCACUUUUAUGUAUGACAAUUAUCACAAAAAGAAUAUAUAAUAGAGCAUAAAUGUUAACUAACCAGCUAUAUCCAUCGAUGGAGUUUCUUAAAGGUGAUGAAGAAAGUAAUGCACUUCUUAGACAUGAGGAUAAAGAAGAAACUCCAGCUGCAGUCAACCUUGAAGAAAAACUAGAAUCACUAUCAACCGUAAAAAGUCAACUGGAGGAAUUUGGCGGUUGGUUGAAAUCUAACAUUCCAACAUUUAUUAAAACUGAAUACGAAGGUGAAGCAACUGUUGGCAAAGAACUGCCGCCUACAAGCGAAUUUGCUAAACUUCAACCUCCAAACGAUGAUAAUUAUGAAGAAUCCACCAUCAUAGAUGAUGUCGAAUCUCUAUCUAAAGAUGAGUCUCUUACUGAUGAAAAAGAUUACCAAUUUUCUGAUAUACAAAGUACAGCUUUAGCAGGUGCAAAAUCAUUUGGCACUUUUUUAUACUCCGCUGUAAACAUGGCUGGAAGGGCAAUAAGCGAAACAGGUGCUAUGAUCAAAGAAUCAAUCGAAAACAGUAGUCUACUCAGUGAGUUCAAUCGGGAGCAAGAAGAAUUUAUUAAAAACCAAAACGACAACGCUUCUAGUGCCAUACCACCUUGGGCAGGUUGUACAAACGAGCAGGUCUUAAAAGAUGAAUGUCUUAGCUUGUCCUUAGACCGAAGUAACUUCAUUCGCAAUCCACCAAUUGGCGUAGACUUUCAGUUUGACUAUCAAUUGUCCUAUCCAGUUGCUCUGUCUAUUAUGAGACAUGAUCCCAAUUUGGAAAAAAUGCGUUACGAACUUGUACCUAGGGUAAUUAAAGAGGAACAUUUCUGGAGGAAUUAUUUCUACCGCAUUAGCCUAAUUUGUCAAGCAAACACCUUGUCAUUUCUAUCAGAAGAAGAGGACGAUUUACUAAAUAAUUCUAAUCAACUAUUAAAUAGUUCAAAAUUAAACUUGAAUGAGUUUGUAUCUGAUUCGCUUCAAGCCAGUAUUGAAGAUUUAAAUGAAAUAAAAGAAGGAAUGAAAAAGCUUUCUUUUAAAGCCAAAAGUAAUGAAGAGUGGCAGAGGGAACUUGACGUGGAAUUACAGGAUUAUGAAACAAAAUUUGAAGGAAAAACAGAGAAUUCGAAGAGUGAUAAUUGGGAGGCAGAAAUCGACGAUAUUUUGCAAAACGAGACUGAUAUAAAGUAG